AUGGACCCCGCUCCCUCCGGCCCCCUCACAUUUUCGCCCGUUCCCCCGGCCAGUCGCAUACACACGUACCUGCGGAUCUCCCUGACUGAGCGAUGCAACCUGCGGUGCACGUACUGCAUGCCGGACGAGGGGGUGGCGCUGACCCCCACCCCCCAGCUGCUCACAUCGCGGGAGAUCAUGCGGCUGGCUCGCAUCUUCGUUGAGGCCGGUGUCACCAAGAUCCGGCUGACGGGGGGGGAGCCCACUUUGCGGCGUGACAUCACCGACCUGAUACGGCAGCUGUCCUCGCUACGACCCAUGGGUCUGCGUAGUGUGGCUAUCACCAGUAACGGUAUCGUACUCGCCCGCCAGCUGCCCGAACUCAAGGAGGCGGGUCUCACCGCUGUCAACAUCUCCCUGGACACCCUGCGGGGGGAGCGAUUCGAACAGCUCGCCAGGAGACCCGGACACAAGCGGGUGCUGGAGUCCAUCCGUACGGCAGUGGGCUUGGGGUACGACCCCGUCAAGGUCAACGUGGUGGUGAUGCGGGGGGUCAAUGAUGACGAGGUGGCGGACUUCGCCGCGCUCACCCGGGAUCAGCCCAUCAACGUCCGCUUCAUUGAGUACAUGCCCUUCGACGGCAAUGUGUGGUCGGACAGCAAGAUGGUGCCGUACCGCGAGUUGAUCUCCCGAAUUCAAGCGGCCUUCCCGUACACCCCCCUGGAGCGCCUGGACGACCCGGCGGGGGAGGUGGCCAAGAACUUCCGACUUUGGGGCCAUCGUGGCAGCGUGUCGUUCAUCACCUCCAUGACACAGCACUUUUGCAGCGACUGCAACAGGCUGCGGCUGCUGGCGGACGGCAACCUCAAGGUGUGUCUGUUCGGUGCUGCGGAGGUGUCCCUACGUGACGCCAUGCGGGGCGGCGCAUCAGAUGACGACCUCCGCGCCAUCAUCACUGCGGCGGUGGGCCGGAAGCGGGCAGCGCAUGCGGGCAUGUUCGAGCUGGCAGCAUCAGCCAACAGGCCCAUGAUUACAAUUGGAGGGUAA